AUUUUUACUCGCUUUUAUUUGGGUGGUAGUUUACCGGAUGUCGUUUGGCCUAUUCGCGGGAAUCCUCACCCUUUUUCCCCGUGUCACUUGUUCUCUUCACUUGAGACCGUUUCGCCACCCUGCGCACUAUCCUCUUCAUUUUUUUCGAGGUAAAACGCUUACCAUGGCGGAGUCGGAGCCCACACCCGAACAGCUGGCCGCGCUCGCUGCGGCCAACGAGGAACCUGACUGCGGGGUUAACUACAAACCUCCGGCACCGAAGAGCUUACAGGAGAUCCAGGAGCUGGACAAAGACGAUGAAAGUUUGCGCAAGUACAAGGAAGCAUUACUGGGCAGCACCUCUGUGAGUGCAGAUCCCAACGUACCAAAUAUCCAAGUGACCCGAAUGACUCUGGUAUGUGACGCUGCACCAGCCCCUUUGGUACUUGAUCUGACGGGAAAUCUGGACAACUUCAAGAGCAAUCCGUUUGUGUUGAAAGAGGGCGUGGAGUACAAAAUAAAGAUCAACUUCAAGGUUAAUAAGGAGAUUGUGUCGGGUUUGAAGUACAUUCAGCAGUCAUUCAGGAAAGGAAUUAAGGUUGAUAAAUCGGACUACAUGGUGGGCAGCUAUGGGCCCAAACCAAACGAGGAGUACGAGUUCCUCACCACCGUCGAGGAGGCGCCCAAAGGCUUGAUGGCCCGCGGCACGUACACCAUCAAGUCCAAGUUCACCGACGACGACAAACACGACCACCUGUCCUGGGAGUGGAGCCUCACCAUCAAGAAGGACUGGAGAGACUGACUCGCCUUUGAUCGGCUGCACCGACAUCUUCCUCCGCUUUCUUUCCUCUCUUGCUGUGUUUCCAUUUGUUUUUCUUAUCUGAUGUCUUCUCCGUCCAUGGAGGCCCUCGCACUUCCACUUUAAUUGGGUUUUCUUUUAAGUAUUAAAUCCUGGAAAUCGAGAUGGAAACACGCAUGAUAUAUUGUGAUGUUUUGUUUAGGCAUCAGUACUCCCAUUUAUUUGUAUGCUUUUCAUAUUGCUUUGUCCCUUUUUUUAUGAUCACCAUAUCUGCCUUGGGCAGCUAGAGCAUUGCUGUAUGUAUUGAAUGUGUUGGUGGGGGGCAGUGCAUGGUCACUUUACAUCUUUGCUGGAGAGUUCUCGGGACACCGACUUCUCAAGCCUUUGAGCAGAUUUGUCAUUUUGAUAAUUAUAUGGAAUUCAGGUCACCUCUUUUCUGAUUAGCUUACAGAGGUUAGCCCCCCCCCAUCCCAUUAGCUGCCAUGUGGCCUUUUAACGUGAACCCUCGUGAAAAAGUGAUUUGCCUUCAAGUUUGACUUAAUGACGAAAAUGAUCUGUACACCUUUGUGACUGAAAUUUUUUUUUCUUUAGCAUGCAUAUUUUUUUCCCCAUCCAAAGCCUGUCUAGGGGAGCCAAAAAGCUCCUUAUCCUCCCUGUGCUCUACCCAUUUCACCCAUCCUUGACUGUGCCUGCAGUUUCUCAGUGCACACCCCCCACAAGUAGUGUCUCAACCGCUGCGGACAUCGCAUCUACCACAGUGUUAAGCGGCCCCAUAUUGUUGUUCUGACCGUGACUGAGGUUGCACCUUCGUUGAGAUCUUUCUGGUGUUGGUGUUGGGUUUGAGUAAGUGUUUGCUACAUGCUGCCCAGUAUAAUUCUCUUGUAACAUUAAAAUGUUGGAAUUUGAA